UAGAGCUUCUUACCCAAACGCGUCCUUGUCGUCUCUCUCUCUCUCUCUCAAUGGAAGACUUCAUGGCCGCAGCCACCGCCGCGAUCUCCGGCAAGCUCCGGCCCCCGAUGCUCCUAACCACUGCUCAUCUCCGCCACCUCCUCCGACGCUCACUCCUCCUUCUCCUCCACACUCUCCUCCACCUGCUCCUCUCCAUCAUUCCUCUCUUCUCCUCCCUUCACUCCCCAAAAUCCCCAAUCUCCCGCCCCUAUCCCCAAUCCCCCUCCACCUCCCCCUCCCCGGCCUCUCGCGCCCUCUCCCACGUCCUCUCCGUCAUCUCCCGCGUCUCCGUCUCCUCCCGCAAGUACGACCUCAUCCGCGCCCUCGCUGACCGCCUGCUGGACGACAAUCUCCACUUUAUCGGCGGCGCAGAAAUCAACCGCGCUGCCCUCUCCAUCUCCUUCUCUCGCGCCGUCCGCCACCUCGAGUCCUUCGUCGCCCCCAAACCCGAUGGAUCCCUCCUCAAUGUGUUGAGAUCCGGGCUUAGGGUAUGGUCAGAGAAGGAGGGCAACACCGGCGCCGCCUCCGUGGAGGCGGAGAAGACCGCUGCAGAGAUCAUGUGGAUGGCGGGGAAGAUGGCCGAUUGCGGCGCGGCGGCGGAGGCGGUUGCCCGGUGGGGCGCCGCCGCGAGACUCGCCGGUCUCGCGCUUGUUUCCGAGCCACGCCUCCAGGUUGCUCUUGUUCGUGUCUCAGCAUUCUUGUUCAAGCAUGUAAAUACUAGAAUGGCCAAAGGAGUGGAAGGAAAAGAAGAAGAAGAAGAGUGUUCCAUAGCACAACGUCGGAUGGCAAUGCUGACUUCAUGGCUGCCAUUGUUGUGUCGGGCAACUAAUGGCACAGACACACCCAUCUUGACUAAUACUGAGAGAGCUGAGAUGGUGAGAGUUCUGGAGGCAACAAUUGAGAAACUGAACUGGAACGAACAGGAGGAAGUCCUUGCGAUCUGGCUCCACCACUUCACUGCCUCCCCAGACUCAGAUUGGCCCAAUCUUGAGUCCUGCUAUACAAGAUGGUACGCAGAGUCUCGCAAGCUGCUCCUGGAAUGAUAUCUUCCAGAACAAAAAAAAAACAUUUAUUUCCAGCAUCAAUGUAGGAUCCCUUGUGUAAAUUAUGCUUCAGAAAGUAUAUGUAACAAACACCCAAAAA